AUGGGCGUUUAUCGACCUUCUUAUGUUGCUAACAUUGAGAGUGAUUUAGUGGUGGAAAAAGUUUCUAACUCUUGCGAAGCAGAAAGAAAAUUAAAUGGAGAUUAUCCGAUUACAGCCAUAACGGAAAAGUUUUUUGAUAUGUCAUCGAUUAAUUUUUCAGAUACUCCUUAUCUCAAAAUUAAGUCCUUACCUGAUGCUGUUAGAAGCAACCCAGACAAAUAUUUACUACCAUUAGACAUUGUGCAUAGAGGGGUUCAUUUUGGUGUUUAUUUAGGUGAAUUUUGUGACCCGAGUAGCAAAAAUUUUAAUAUAGGCAGUAAUUCUGGUAGUGCUUUAUUGCUCUCGUCUCUUUUUGCUUCUUCCUCUCUUUCCUCAAGCAGUUCCCCUUUUUCUCUUUUUGCUUCUGCAAGUGCUUCCAGUAGUUCCAGUAGUGUGUUGGGGUCAAAUGACAAAAAAGUAAUCCGUUUUCAUCCCAAAGUUCCUUUUAAAAAAAAGGAUAUUAUAAUUAGGCAUAUUGCUAAGGCUAUUAGUUAUGAUUCAGCACAAACUUCAUCAAUUAAUAUCCUUUUUAGAGUGACGUAUAACAGCUGUUUAUCCCUAACAGAGCAAAUAGAAAUGACAAAUAGAAUAUUGGAUGACCUAACUUCUAGUUAUUCUUAUGAAAAAGGAAGAAUAGAAAGAUAUAUCCAAGAAUCAGAAAGCAAUCGUAAUUAUACCUGCUCUAAAUAUCGAAUCGAGCAAGAAAAGUUUCAAGAAAGAAUUAUAGUUUAUCCGAAAGAUUGA